UGUACUGAACUUCCUGAAAAAAAAAAAAAUGGCAGUGCCAACAUCACAGAAUGACACAAGAGGGAUUCUCCAUCCACCCAAGGAGAGCAACACAAUAACAGUAAGCAGUAGUGUGGUAGGCAGACUAUGUCAAUUUUCCAGAAAAGGGCCCUACAAAGGAGAUUGUGCAGAAACUCGAGCAUGUUCUUGUUAACCCUACUACAGAUCUAAGAGAAUGUUGCCUGUUGGGAGAGGCAAGGGUUUUUGAGCUGGAAGGAGAAGAGAAUUGAAAAAAUAAAGUGCUAAGUGAGUUCUAAGCCAAUUUUGUUACAAAGACAACAAAAUCAUGAGGUCACAAGCCAAAGGAAAUUAAGUCUUGGUGCAAUGUUCUUCUUGAAGGACUACAGUGUAGGAGGAUUAUAGAGGAAUCAGUUAGUAGGAGGACUUGAGGCCAGGUGAACAGGUUGAAAGGUCUCAGGGUUGAUGCUAUCUGUAACCCAAAUACUAAGACAGAAAACAAUUUAGCUUUUCUGUAUGUGUCGCACUCACUUGUAUCUGAGUAACCAAACAUGCUAUUGAUGCAGAGGGAGGAGAAGCAGCUUGAGGCAUCAUUAGAUGCCCUGCUGAAUCAAGUGGCCGAUCUGAAGAAUUCACUGGGGAGUUUCAUUUACAAGCUGGAAAACGAGUAUGACCGGCUGACCUGGCCCUCUGUCCUGGACAGCUUUGCAUUGCUCUCUGGGCAAUUGAACACUCUGAACAAGGUCUUAAAGCAUGAGAAGACACCACUGUUCCGUAACCAGGUCAUCAUCCCUCUGGUGCUGUCCCCAGACAGAGAUGAAGACCUCAUGCGUCAAACUGAAGGACGAGUGCCUGUUUUCAGCCAUGAAGUUGUCCCUGACCAUUUAAGAACCAAGCCUGACCCUGAAGUUGAAGAGCAGGAGAAGCAGCUGACCACAGAUGCUGCCAGAAUUGGUGCUGAUGCAGCUCAGAAGCAGAUCCAGAGCUUGAAUAAAAUGUGCUCAAACCUUUUAGAGAAAAUCAGCAAAGAAGAACGAGAAUCAGAGAGUGGAGGUCUCCGGCCAAACAAGCAGACUUUCAACCCUGCAGACACCAAUGCCUUAGUGGCAGCUGUUGCCUUUGGGAAGGGGCUGUCUAAUUGGCGACCUUCAGGUAGCAGUGGUCCUGGCCAACCCAGCCAACCAGGAGCUGGUACAAUCCUUGCAGGAGCCUCAGGAUUGCAGCAAGUUCAGAUGCCUGGUGCUCCAAACCAGCAGCAGCCAAUGCUCAGUGGAGUCCAGAUGGCUCAGUCAGGUCAACCAGGGAAAAUGCCAAGUGGAAUAAAAACCAACAUCAAGUCAGCCUCAAUGCAUCCCUACCAGCGGUGAGUGUGGACGGCAGCCUCCACUCUCAGGUGAUCCGUGCUGAGUUGAGCAAUGAAAUUUAUCUUUUGCUCAAGGCUUAUUUAGAUGGGUACAAUAAAAGGAACACAGGCUUUCAGCAAGAGACAGACCUCAGCUCCACUGUGACUAGCCAUGAGAACUUGGGAAAGUGACCUAAUGUUUCUCAUUUGUAAAUGGUGAUAAUACCUACCUCAUAGGGUUGUUGUGAGGAUUAAAAUGAGAAGAUGAGUGUAAAAAACACUUAGCACAGUAUACGAAAUACUGGGUCUUGAAUAAAUGAUAGUUUCCUACCUUUCGACCCUGCCAUUCCUUGUCCUACACACAGAACUUACCAUGAUUUGGUUCAACUCCAUGACAACGGUGAUCUAAAGGGCACAGGAUCAAGUAAUCCAGGAACCAUGGUGGCCUGUGUGUCUUGGGGGCAUACGUCUCCACAGGCCCACCUGUCCAGGUUCUAUCCUGCUGGCCCUAAAAGCUACAGGUGAGGGAGGAGGUUUCUAGGGGACACUGUGCACUUCCAGGUCUGAUGAAACCAGCUCAGCUUUUACCUGGGAAAUAGGUAAAAGUGCCCAUCUUUUACCCUUCUGUGCUUCUAAAGAUUUCCCGAGACCAGCGGGUGGGAGAUCUCUUAAGAAGGGACCCUGUCAGGCAACAGCACAAAUAAAUAUUGUCUUCCUCCUUUGAGGGCAAUUGUGUUUCACACUGACAUGGAUUGGGGUUCAUUUGUCCACACAGUAACUACUCCCUGUUUCUGUCCUCUUCCACCUCACUAAGUGUGUGGCUCAGAUUAGAUCUGGAUUGAAAGUGGGAAGGGUAACAGCCCCAUUCAUCUUGCCUGCUUUUGUAGAGUUGACGAACAGUGGAUUUUUGGAUAGCCAGCCAUGUUGCCUUUCUCAGCGUUCUUUUCUGGGCAAGGGCAAGGGCAGGGAUUGAGUCAGCAGAAGUGGGCCAAAGGGUUUCUUUGUUCAAUAAAGAUAUUUAAAUUAUGUUCACUGGC